AACAUGAGUAAAUUCUAAUUCUGUUUCCAUUCUGUUUGCUGUAGAUGCUGGUGAAAUGGCUGAGGGAAGGAUGGGGGAUGCCUGAGGUAUUGGGAUAAGAGCCAGAGGACCUCCCCAUCUCAGGCAGAUAGAGCAGAACAUGCCGUGUCUACCCCUUCUCCAGGGGGCCAAAGAUGGGGGAGGACAUCCCAAGCCUGAAAGGAGCCUUUGACAUCUUAAACCAAGCUGGACAGGAUAAACUUCUCUACCUCAAACACAAGCUGAAGCUUCUUCAGCCAAGCUCCAAGGGCAGCGGCCUCCUCCACGCCAUGGUCCUUCUGACUCUGGGACAGAAGACAGAGGCCAGGAUCCUCCUGGACUCCCUGAGGGGAGAUAAGGCGGCACUCUUCGUGGCUAGGACCUGGGAAGGCCCCGAGCCCGACCAGGUGGACCUUUUGCCAUCCGAGGAGCAGACGGACAUCCGAUUGGCUGUUGCCCGCAUUUACCAGUUACUUCUUGAAGAGAAACUAUGUGAAGCUUCGGCCCGGAAUCAGGCCUACUAUGCUGCUCUCCAGACCCUCAGCCAGUGUCACGACCCUCGGUUGGACAGUGUCUGGGCUGAGGUCCAGUUCCAGGGCAGCCGUGAUGCCUGUGGAACCAAGAGUUUCCAGACCCUCAGGUCAGACAUGAGCUGCCUUCCAGUGUCCCCAGAGCCUUCCUCUAGGAUCAGUAGUCAACCCUGGCCUAUCAGGGUGAGGUCAGACGUCCUGGCAACUGGGUCACUUCCCCUGACCUUACGAUCUACUGGUAGUCCUGCCUCUUUCCCCAGCAAACUGGAUAUCAGUCAGUCCCCCACUUUGGCCUUCCAAACCAACCAGCCCCAGAAAGGGGGUCCUAAAGGCCCCAGUAAACUGUGUGGAAACCCUCAGACAGAUUCCACAGAGGCCUCUGGACCAGAGGAGGUGAGCCGCUGGCCUUGCUUGGACCCAGCUGCCUCACUCUCCGGACAGCUGGACAGCUCAGUCUCAGUGGUUUCUGGUCCUCAGGCUCCCAGCCCUUCCACGCCCCCAUCUCCUGCACCCUCAGUGGCCCCAGAGACCAGCAGACAUUCUGUGGAAUAUAAUGAAGCACUUUCCGACCCCUCGUCUCCAGAGCCCAUCUUGACAAAGGCUGCAGAAAUUCUUGAGAGUUUUGCGGUGCUCCCCGGAUUGCCCCCCGUGUCAGCCCCUCUUGCUAGGGAAGAGAAGGCUACCUUACUCUCUGCAGAAGAGGGUGAUUUUCCCAAGAAGGCCUCCAGUCCCAGGCCUCCCGUCCCCCCCCAGGAUCCUUCUCCAUUCCUAUCAUCCCCACUGCCUUCAGGACCUGAGCUAGACACGGGACAGCGUUUCUUCAGCUUUGUGAUCCUCCACGCCCAGGAGGACGAAGCCAUCGCCUUUCGGGUCCGGGACACCCUGGAGAGCCUGGGCGUACCCGACGGAGCCACGUUCUGUGAGGAAUUCCAGCUCCCCGGCCGUUUUGAGCUCCGGUGCUUACAAGAUGCCAUCGACAACUCGGCCUUUACGGUGCUCCUGCUCACCAGGCACUUCAAUUGCCACAUGAGCCUCUACCAGGUGAAUAUGGCAUUAACAAACUCCAUCACAAGGAAGGAAAAAGAGAACUCCGUCAUUCCCUUCUUUCCCCGGGAGAGCACACUGAAAUCUACCCAGGUCUCCCCACUGCUGAGGGGCCUGGUAAGUCUGGAUGAGAAUUCUCCUGUGUUUUCCAAAAAAGUCAAAAACACCUUCAACUCUCGGAAGCUGCAAGCCCAGAGGGAGGUGUGGAAGAAACAACAGGAAAUUCAGGCGAUCCAGGAGCAGACCCUGCAGAUGGUAGAGGACAGGAAGAGGGUCUCUCAGAAGAAGGACGCCCUCUCUGACUAUACACACCAGUAUAAACUUCUGCAACAACAGUUACAGAGCUUUCACCUUACAGUCCCGAAUCAAGCAUCCUUUGCUUAUGGCUACAGCAUGCCGCUGCUACCUCCUUGGCCACACGGGCUCUCUUCCCACUUUGCUCCUGCUCCCUCAGUUUUGCCGGCCAGUCAGUUUAUCCCACCUAUGCCCACCCCUGACCCCAGCUCAGCCCCUCAGCUGGACCCUCAGAGUGCUGGAGCCCAGCCUCUUAUCAUCCAUAAUGCUCACAUGGUACAAUUGGGUCUCAACAACUACAUGUGGGGCCAGAAGGAAGGGCAAGGUCCUAGUGAGGAAGAGAGAACUGAGGAAGACUGAGAAGACCCUGGAGCCCUCUAAUUAUUUCCUAGGUUGUGAGGGUGAUUCUUUUUGUGAGGCCCACAGAAUGGACUUAUUCCAAAGUCCAACUGUCCCUUGCUGCCACCAUGGGUCUGAAGAGCCAGGAGAGCAAGCAUGGGCCGGUGCCAGAGAAAUGUCACAGCUAGGGUCACACAUUAAGGACUGAAAGGCAUCUGGGAGGCCCUUCAGUCCAACGCGCUCUAAUUUUAUAGAUUAGAUAACAAAGCUCAGAGAAACUGAGUGAUAUUCCUGAUGUCACACAGCCAGUGAUGGCUAGAAUUGGGAUUUCAGCAUAGUUAUAAUCCUGUUCAUUGCCAUCCUGCCCCGAGUCCCCUGGGGGAUUCAGCACAAAAAGAAAAAGAAAAGAAGCACAAAAUAGUUGGAGUAGGGAGAUUUAGUAUUUUCCUCUUCCGGUAUUGUUGAUCCUUUUUUUCCCGGGGUAUGGAGAAGAGGCUUCCAGCUAAAUAUUCCCCAGCUGCUCAGAACAUCAUCAGGGAACCAAAAUCUAAUAUUGACUUUUUGUUUGGUAGCCUCUUCUCCUUUCCAUGGUUCUCCAUGUAGACUCUAUCAUUUGUGAAAUGGGUACUAUGCAAAUUAAUCUCCCUCUGGGUUUGAGAUUUAAUGUUUUUAAAUGUAUGGGAGGGAAGGGAAGUGGACAAUUGUGGGAGAGGUCAUCAUGAAAAGACUAGUUGGAAAACCUACUUUGUGCCUAGAAUUAGGCACUAGAACAGGUUUUUUUUGGGGGGUUUUUGGAUAUAAAUUUCAAGGGGUCCAUGAACUUGGAUGUGAAAAAAAAUGACAUCUUUUAUUUUCAUAACUUUAUAACUUAAUUCCUUCCACUCUGAAUGCAAACACCAAAUGCUUUUUGAAGAAGAAUCCAUAGGCUUUACCUGACAGCUAAAGGGGUCUUUGACAUACAAAAAAGGGUUAUGAACCCCUGGACUAGAUGGAGGGGAGACAAGGGGGAAUGGAUAAAAU